GUCAUCGUCGUCCUCGUCGCCGUCGUGCGGCGGUGUGUGUGUGUGCGCCGUGUGGUGUGUGCUGUGGUGUCGUGUUCCGCGGAUCGACCUCCUUACGCGCGCGCUGUCCCCGUACAGGGGGUUCGUCGUCGUCCUCGUCAACGUCCUCGUCGUCGUCGUCCUCGUCGUCGUCGAUGCCGAUAACGCGACGCUGUCAUCCCAGAGCAUCUCUCUGUUUUCUCUCUGCCCCCUGUAUGUCGGGUUGUGUUCCCUUCGACUGGCGUCUCGUCUACCUGUUAGUCAGCCAGCAGAGAGGAUGGUCUGUGUGAGCGAGAGCGAGUGAGAGAGAAAGAUAGAGAAAUAACAAAAGGAGAGGUGCGAAGAAAACGACCGACGGGAUAUCUUCGAGGAGCAGCGGAGACUGCGGCCCGAAUGCGUCUGUCCCGAUGUGCACUGAAGAGCAAGAAGGAUCGUCAGGAUGCUGAGCAGCUUGGCAAGCUACUUACUCGGAGGCAAUAUCUCCGGCGCGCAAGAUGCACGAGAAGGGUCCAAUAACGAAACCCCGGAGUCCCUUCCAGUAAUGGCGAGGUUCAGCCAGGUGGAGGUCGAGGGCGAUGACUGGAUCCUCAUUGACCGUGCAGAAGGAUGUUCCAAAUCGGAUGUGCAAUCUGAUAUGUUUGAACCCGCAGUUGAGGGCGCGACGGCACUGGAGGAGUCGUGGUAUGUAAUGCCACCCGCAUGUUUCACACGGGCGGGACCCGUGACCGUAGAAACAUCACCGCUGGAGGACCUGCUGAUCGAGCACCCCAGCAUGUCCGUCUACCGAGCUACAUCUUCUCCAGUCGCUCCCGACACUCCGCCGCCCACCCCGGACACGACGGAAGACGAGGACGUCGACACCGACGACGUCGAUUACGACGACUUACCUCCCCGCAUGUACGCCGGUACGUCGGCAACCUCGCCGCAACGUAGCCCGACAAGAACCCAGGACAACCAAGCAGUCCUUAGAUCCGCCAUUCAGGUCGAAAGACGCCAACGUGUUCGCGUUGAGAAGAGCGUACUCCUGCUUCGAUCGUCGCAGAAGGUUCUCGAAAGGAGGACUACGCAAGCGCUGAAGAGAGAUCAACUCGACAGGAGCAACAAGCUCCGCGAAGUGUUCAGCAUGAAGUGCAAGCGGCUCCGUCGCCAGGACCGAAUGCGCAUCCAGAAUAGUGGCGCAAACAACAACCGGAAAUGCUAGUCAUUCGAUCUCAGGCCAAGGUGUACUCAAGUACCUUCUUCCUAAAGCAGAGAGAAAAAAACAACACAAAACAAAAAGGAAAAAAACAAGAUGAUAACACACACACACAUGAGACAGGACACGCACGAAAGCAAAGUAAAAAGGACAAAAAAAUAAGAAAGAAAGAAAGAAGAGCGAAGAACGCGGAACUAAUCUGUUUAACCCCUGACGCGUUCUUGCUCGCCGUGCGACGAUAUGUAUCAUGUUCAUAGACGCGUGGAGGCGUGGUCUGGCCGACCGGUGGGCGUGGCCUAGCGAGCCCCGGAGACUCGCGCCGAAUCUUCGGCGACAUUUCCCGCUGGGAAACAAAGAAAUUGCAAAACAGAGGCUCUCGAGUCGACCUAGAUCUAUUAAAAAAGGGUCCUACGUGUCUUUAGUUGCAAUAAAUUCUACGGUCCCCGACGCGGGGCACUUUUCAGACCCAAUUUACAGGGGCUCGGUCGGGCCGCUUUAGCGUCGCCGACUCCCGAGGAACCGUCUACAGUUCGCUAGACCACGGCCACCGACCGUAGACCCAAGAUCCUCCACGAGCGACGAGGCUCGAACAUUAUGGUGCGCGGUAGUCAGGCUCCUGGGACUCGUCUAUGGUACUCUUCGAUCGCGUGUAUAUAUUUUUAGCCUCUAUUUAGUAUGGGCAAACUGUGUUUCUUACUCAUACUCGGUAACAUUUAGUUCUAUUUAAGACUUCUUAGCCCAGCCCCGCCCCCACGCCCCGCCCUCUCACCGUAGCGGACAGGUGUCCAGGCGUGGCCGACGCCCUCGCUCCGGCCGCCAGCCGAGCCGGCCACGCCCCCGCGCUCCGACUGGCUGCCCGGCGGCCACCGGGGGCGUGUCCGCUCCGCAGAGAACACGAUUUUUCGCACACCUUCCGGAACAAUCGCAGGCUAGAAAAGAAUUAAUUCACUUCGGGACCACGGCUUUUCGAGGCUCUCGCUCCGCUCCGGACGUCUCGCGCGCGCGCGUGCGUGCUUCACCCGAUCGUUGUUGAUCCUCCAACCACAGUGCGCGGUUUCACGGUUCGAGGAUCAACCUCUCCCCAUCACGGCGAACGGGGAGUCUCGUUACGAAACCGCGCGACGCCCGCAAUCUGCCAAUCACCGACCGGCGGUCAUUCAAACGCAACUGUUGUCUGUUCACGCGCGGCUCCCGGCCGGCCCCGUUGGCGGGCCACGCCGCCCAGGGGCGGUGCCGGCUCGCGUAGGCGGUACUAAGCGCGCGCCGGCAGCUCCGGGCGGGGCCGGGACGCCCCGCGGAGUUUUUAUUACGCUAUGCGACCGUCGAGCACACGAAUUAGUGUCCGCACACACAUACACAAGAGACAGAGCGACGACGCGAGAUAUUCAACAGACGGAGGAGAGAAAGACGGUGUUGUCUCUCUUCGAUCCGACGCCGGACGAAUCAUUCCCACGUGGCCAGAGCGCCUCCCUUAGGAUGGACCGGGGAGACCGUAAACAAAGAUUCCAGCGAGAGAAUCGGUUUCUAUUAUAGUUGAGACGCGCGUUCUAGCGCGUCGGUGUUUCAAAGCGUUUCAAAGCGUUUCCGAGGCGGCGAACUGUGCAAGCCGGCCACACGUACACGGACACACACUCGACGAGGAGAAUAAGGCGAGCUCGAUACGCGAUUACUGUAUGUCCCCUUCACGGCCGGGUGCUGGGGUCCCCUACGGACCGGAAGUUCCUCGACCGGUAAUUUUAAAUUAAGCUGUACCUUUUUGCUAGAAAAAUCACGGUUUUAAUCUGGCUGACUGAAAUUUCUUCUGUGAAGAAACCAAUGAAAAUAAAAGAGGCUUAGGAGGUUCGGAAACAGUCCUAAGAUGCUCCGGGGUGUGACGGCUGCUUCGCGAGCGGGUCAGUUCAGGGGAUGAAGCACAAGUCCAAGUCUAGCUUAUGUCAGAACCGAGUUCUCCUCCUUAGUAUAGGAUAAUCUAGAACUAGGUCUUCAACGAACUAAGUUGCCCCGAGCAUGAAAGAUCUUGGGGAUAGGCCACUCUAGCUUCGGUAGCUCUCUAGCCCUAGGACCGGGCCGCUGUCGCGCCGGGUCCUAGGUCUCUUCGGGAACCUAGAAAGCGCAGAACAACUGCAGACGUUAUUAAGUGCAUCCCCGUGACCGCCUCUAGCUACCCGGACCCCGGAGCCAGGCCCCCAACUUCAACCGAUCCAACGAAUCCAAGGCACCCCGGGCGUGCCACCCGGGGGUGUCUCUCUUCCACCUCCGAGGACCCCUGCACCCGCCCCGCAAAACCGUACAUCGUCCAAGGCUAGUAGCAAUAGUCGGGCCCAGGCCGGGCCUAGCGAAACUCCUGUGAUUCAAACUGAAUUCGUCGAUUACUUGGACGAUCCUCGUCUCGAGGAGAAUUUUUUUGCCCGAAGCUGGACUCGUCGCGGUCCAGGACCUCCUCUAAGACACCCCAGGACCCUCGUCGCCCAGCCUUAGCCUUGACAUAAACCUUCGACAGACCUGGUUCAGUAGUCCGAACUGUUUUAACCGACGGCGACCGAGGUCCUGGGUGUCCCAGUGUGUUCAGUCGCCUCCCCCGGCCAUGGAAAGAAAGGCUGUUCCAUGGCGUCAAAAAUCUCCGUGGACCGCGACCGGGCCCCCGAUCCCGUUUCCACGAGGACAUCGAGCCGGAAAUCUAAGUCGGGCUGCACAAAAGACUAGCUGAAAGUGAAGGAUGAAAUGUGAUGGAGCAAAUGUGUAUUGUACAUGUACCUAUCUGUAAUAAUGCCACUCCCCCCCUCUCUCUCUCUCUCACUCUCUAUCUCUCUCUCGUUACGGAGACACUUAGGGCUGCCAGGGGCCUAAAUCUGCGUCCUGGCCGAUAAAUCUGCGUCGCGACCUCCACCACCCUUCUUUGGUUAUGUCUUCUCCUUUCUUCGUCCCAAUUCCUACCAAUCUCCCUAAAAUCCCUCUCUCAGUUUGAUGUAAACGAUGGAUUGUAUAAGUUGAAUGUAUGCUCGUACACCUUGGCCCAUUAUAACUGAUGAUUAAUAAAAUAUUUUAUGUCACUAA